AGAACAGCAGAAAGCAAUGUGGAUAGGUAGCCCAUUCCAAUAUUUAUAGGUGAUUUACGAGCUCAAGAAUUGCAAUUCACAUCUGCCAUUUCAUUCUCUUCUUCUUCUUCUUCAGUUUCAAAUUUCAAUGGGAUCUGCAGCCAAAGAAAUAGCCAGCGAGCUCUUUCAUCUGAUUCGCGUCUACAAGGACGGCUCAGUGGAACGCCUAGAAGGCUCGCCCUAUGUGCCACCUUCACCAAACCCAGAUCCACAAACUGGUAUCUCAUCAAAGGACAUAACCAUCUCUGAAAACCCCAAAGUCUCUGCUCGUCUCUACCUCCCUAAAACCCAACAACAUGACCAAAAACUCCCAAUCCUGGUCUACUUCCAUGGCAGUGGAUUUUGCCUUGAAUCUGCCUUUUCAUUUCUUUUCCAUCGUUACAUGAAUCUUCUGGUCUCUCAGGCCAAUGUGGUUGUGGUCUCUGUGGAGUAUAGGCUGGCUCCGGAGCAUCCUUUGCCUGCGGCAUAUGAUGAUUGCUGGGCUGCUCUUAAUUGGGUCGCGUCUCAUUCUUCUGCAGCCAAAGACGAACCCAAUAAGGAUCCAUGGCUGUUGAACUACGGAGACCUUGACCGGCUUUACAUAGGAGGUGACAGUGCUGGUGGUAACAUAGCUCAUAACAUCGCCAUGAGAGCAGGAUCUGAGAAUUUGGAAGACAAUGUAAAAAUCUUGGGUACUUUGAUUUCUCAUUCAUAUUUCUGGGGCUCAAAACCAAUUGGGUCAGAAAAUGAUCCCAAUAAGCCCAAGCCCUAUGCGACUUUGGAAUCAAAAUCAUUCGCUUCAGAUCCUAGUUUGGGUCAUGAGAAGUCCUUCCCAUCUUUGGUUUGGAGCUUUGUGUACCCAUCAGCGCCUGGAGGGCUCGAUAAUCCGAUGCUGAAUCCGGAGGGUCCUGGGGCUCCGAGCUUGGCAGGGCUGGGGUGUUCGAGGUUGUUGAUUGUUGUGGCCGGAGAAGAUGAACUGAGAGACAGAGGUGUUCGAUAUCAUGAAUUGGUGAAAGAAAGUGGUUGGAAAGGUGAAUUGGAUUUCCAUGAAGACGAGGGAGAGGUUCAUGGAUUUCAUGCCCUUAAUCCUGAGACUGUGAAAGCUAAGAACCUUAUCAAACGCAUCGCUUCUUUUCUCAAGUGAUUAUUGUUAAGGUGCCGUUCUUUAAGCUGCCAUUACGUCGCUAAUAGCCUUAUCACCUUGCUAAAUGCUAAUAAUAAACGUUUUUUUUUCCUUUUCUUUUUAAUAAGCAAUGUUUAUUCGGUUUAAAUCUUUA